AUGACGACCACGGGUGUAUGGUCUGCAGACAAAGCAGGCUUCGAAAUGAAGCGCAAGUCAUCCUUCUCAUUGCUCGAUGAUACCGCGCAUCGUCCAGCUCCUCAUGUGGAAGGACAAGAUGAUGGUGGACGUAUGGAGAAGCUUCAGCAGCUCAUGGCUUAUUACGAGCCGAACGACCCCGAGUCGAUCCAAAAAUCAUUUGCCCGGCAUCUGGAGUAUUCUCUCGCGUGCACACGGUUCAACUUCACCAUGCAGGAUGCCUACCGUGCAGCUGGUCUUGUUCUUCGUGAUCGCUUGCUCGAGUCCUUGAAUGACACCAACACCUAUUACCGGGAGCAGGAUGUGAAAAGGGGGUAUUACUUGUCGGCCGAGUACUUGAUUGGUCGUCACAUGCAGAACGCAAUUGCCAAUCUGGACUUGGAGCAGCCGUUCAAGGCUGCCUUUGAAGACUUGGGCAUGAAGCUCGAGGAGUUGUUCAGCGAAGAAGCCGAUCCUGCACUGGGAAAUGGAGGCCUGGGCCGCUUGGCGGCCUGCUUCCUGGAUUCAAUGGCGACCCUGUCGCUCCCAUGCUGGGGCUAUGGCAUCCGCUACAGCUACGGAAUGUUCAAGCAGGGCAUCAAGGAUGGCCGGCAAAUUGAAGAGCCCGAUUUCUGGAUCGGUGACGGCUGCCCCUUUGAGAUCCCUCGUCCGGAUGUCACAUACCCUGUGCGCUUCUAUGGCAGAGUGGAAGAGGUUUACGAGAACGGCAGGAGCGUGUCAAGGUGGGUCGGGGGCGAGAUCGUACAAGCAAUGGCGUAUGACAAUCCCAUUCCCGGCUUUGACACCUACAACACAAACAAUCUGCGACUUUGGCGAGCUUGUCCCAGCGAGGAGUUCGACUUGGAUGCCUUCAGCAGCGCGCAGUUUCAAGAUGCGAUCACACAGCGGCGCAAAGCCGAAGAUCUGUCUGCGGUGCUCUACCCGAACGAUGCAACGUACGCUGGAAGGGAGCUUCGCCUUCGCCAGCAGUACUUCUUCGUCAGCGCGUCUCUGCAAGAUUUGUUGCGCGAAUUCAUCAAGCGACCAAAUUAUCAGUGGGAAGACCUCCCGCAAAAGGUUGCCGUGCAGAUGAACGACACGCAUCCUACCAUUGCGGUUGCAGAGUUCAUGCGCCUUUUGGUGGAUGUGCAACAGCUGGAUUGGGACAGAGCAUGGGAAUUGACCAGGAAGUGCUUGAACUAUACCAACCACACUGUCAUGCCGGAGGCUUUGGAGAAAUGGCCAGUUGAGAUGAUGGAGCGGAUGCUUCCGCGGCACCUGCAAAUCAUCUAUCACAUCAACGGCAUCUGGAUCCAGAAGCUGCUGCAAAGGUGGGGUGACGGGCCUAUCAUCGCGGCUUUGAGCAUCGUGGAGGAAGGUGACGUUAAGAAGAUCCGCAUGGGCCACCUGGCCAUCAUCGGCUCAAACAAGAUCAACGGAGUCGCGGCUCUCCACACCGAGAUCAUCAAGAAGGAAACCUUCCCUGAGUUCUACAAGUGGUGUUGCGACAACGGAGAGCAUGACAAGAUUGUGAACAUGACUAACGGCGUGACGCCGCGGCGCUGGAUCCACUGUGCAAACCCAGCACUUAGCGAGAUCUUCACCAGAUACCUCGGCUCACAGGAGUGGCUUACCGACAUGACGAAGCUGAAGGGCAUGCUGGAUUACAAAGACGACAGCAAGUUGCACGAUGAGUGGAUGGCCAUGAAGAGUGGCUGCAAAGCCAAGUUGGCUGAUUGGCUGAAAUCAACGAUGGAUCUGGAGAUCGACCAAGAUGCUUUGAUCGACAUCCAGAUCAAGCGAAUUCACGAGUACAAGAGGCAACUGAUGAACAUCCUGCUUCUUGGCAGCACUGUGAACGGCAUAAGUUUCGUCAUCCACCGCUACCUGGACCUGAAGAAGAAGUCUCCAGGUGAACGUGCCGCCGCCCAAAAGCGUGUGGUCCUGAUUGGUGGGAAGGCCGCUUCGGCAUACGUCAAUGCGAAGAUCAUUAUCAAGCUCAUCAACAACGUGGCAAAGGUGAUCAACAACGACCCCGAGACGCAGCAGUAUCUCAAGUGCGCCUUCGUGCCGAACUACUGUGUCUCCGCGGCACAGGUGAUGAUCCCCGCAUCGGACAUCUCGGAGCACAUUUCCACGGCUGGAACAGAAGCCUCUGGCACAUCCAACAUGAAGUUCGUCAUGAAUGGUGGCCUGAUUGUUGGAACGAUGGAUGGUGCGAACAUCGAGAUCAGGGAGGAAUGCGGCCAUGACACGAUGUUCAUCUUCGGAUGCCAGGAGAAUGAGGUGGCAGGCAUUGCUGCCCGGGCGCAGGAAGGCCAUUACCCGAUCGAUGGGCGCCUGCAGGCCGUCUUUGACGAGAUUCGCAGCGGUAAGUUCGCUGGCCAGGCCGAGCCCGAGGCGCAGGGUGAGUUCGAAUCGCUGAUCAACCGCAUGUGCAACACUCGCGCGGCAGGAACUUGGGAUGGAGACAGGUAUUUGGUGAUCCACGACUUCCCUUCGUUCAUCGAUGCGCAGGCGAGGGUGGAUGAAACCUACAAGAACAGGCACCAAUGGUGCAAGCUGAGCAUCCAAGCAGCCGCAUCCAUGGCGCAAUUCUCCACCGAUCGAACCAUGCGAGAGUACUCCAAGGUGAUCUGGGAGAUCGAGCCGGCCAGGCGCCCCGUGAACGAGGCUCUGCAGGGCAGGGAGCUGUCGCUGAAGCAGGCGGUCGGCAAGGACAAAGAGACCAUCGCCAAGGAAGCGGCAGAGAAUGCCGCGGCCAAGGAGGCAGCCGCCAAGGAAGCAGCUCAGACUGCGGCUGUCAAGGAGGCAGCUGCGAAGGAAGCUGCCAAAGAAGCUGCGACCAAGGAUGCGCUUGCCAAAGAAGCAGCCAAAGAGGCGGCUGCAAAGGACGCGGCUGCCAAGAAAGCUGCAAAGGAUGCUUCUGAGAAGGAGGUAGCUGCCAAGGAAGCUGCAAGAGAUGCAGCCGCUAAAGAGGCAGCAGCCAAGAAGGCUGUCAAGGAUGCCGCAAUCAAGCGAGAGGCAGCUGACAAGGAGGCUAGCAAGGCAGGUGCCGGAUGCCAUCGGAUGCCCCGAGACUGA